AUGAGAGAUGAAUUACCUACAGAAAUUUUAACGAAUGUAUGUAGAAUAUUAAAUUUAAAUAAUUCCAAUCAAGAAGGAUCACAUUGGGUUGAAUGGAUAAAACAUGAAAAUUUAAAUAUUUAUUUUGAAUCUUAUGAUUAUGCUAAUCCACCAAAAGAAUUAGUAAAAUAUUUAGGAGAAAAUAAUAUUAAAAUAACAUCUAGAAGAUUUCAAGACUAUUAUGAUCUGCCUAUUUGUGGAUAUUUGUGUUUGAAUUUUAUUAAAAAUUAUAAAAAAUAUACCUAAUUUAUAUAUCUAAAUCUUUUUUUAAUCAGGUCUCUGAUUUAAAAAAUAUUCAUAUUUCUUUAUUAAAAAAAAAACUUUUAUUUUCUUUAAAUAGUAAAAAAUAGGAAAAAAUAGCUUUAACAAUUCAAACAUUUUAAGAGAGUUAAAGAUGAUGAUGCAUUGUUCACAUUGGCUUCUACAUCUGCAACAAUACCAGCUGUUGGAAAAGUUAUUAUUGAGGAUUUUAAGAUUACGACCCCACCAGUGGAAUAUCAAGAAAUGUAUAAAAUAAAAUUAAUAAAGGAAUUAACAAAAUUAUCUCAAGGAAAUAAUUACAGGUUAAAUUUUAAAUCUUGGCAAUGUAUGGAUGAAAACAAUUUAAGUGGUAAAACAUUCAAGAGAAAUAUGUAA